CAUUUGCCUGCCCGUCCUUUAGCAGGAGGUAGCAGGUCCCCAGAUUCCUUUGCAGAAGUUUGCAGGUGGGGACCAUGUCCCAGGCUGUGAAGGCCUCAACUAUGGCGGCAGUGAACCCAGGGCCUGAUGGGAAGGGGAAGGGGGCCCCGGCUGCAGGACCAGCUCCCGGGCCCGGCUCCACCCUGGCCCCUGUGACUGUGCCAACGACAAAAGCAGGGGACCUGCCUUCUGGCAACUACAAGCUGGUGGUCUUCGAGCAGGAGAACUUCCAGGGCCGUCGCGUGGAAUUCUCCGGGGAGUGCUCGAACCUGGGAGAGCACGGCUUUGACCGAGUGCGCAGCCUCAUCGUCACCUCAGGACCCUGGGUCGCCUUUGAGCAGUCCAACUUCCGGGGGGAGAUGUUUGUGCUGGAGAAGGGCGAGUAUCCACGCUGGGACACGUGGUCCAGCAGCUACCGCAGUGACAGGCUCAUGUCCUUCCGGCCUAUCAAGAUGGUUCAAGCCUGUGCGGCAGCUGGGAAGAGGGAUGUUGUGGAAGGGCGCCUUGAACUUCGCAGGGAGAACUACACUGAAGUAGCUCCUUUGCGAUAUUUAACUGAGUUACAUAGUGUGACUCGAGGGAGGCUCAAAGCCAAGUUCGGUGGUGGGAUCCCUGAGGCGCUCAGGUUUUCCAGAACACCGUUGACUGCGGUGCAUGAACCAGCCAUGUCUCUGGUCGCCAGGGUUGAUUUCCAAGGCUGGGUCGGCUAUCAAUACCCCGGCUACCGUGGGUACCAGUACCUCCUGGAGCCUGGCGACUUCCGGCACUGGAACGAGUGGGGGGCCUUCCAGCCGCAGAUGCAGUCCGUGCGUCGCCUGCGCGACGGGCAGUGGCACCGUGAGGGCUGCUUCCCCGUCCUGGCCUCCGAGCCCCCCAAGUGACUCCAUCCACACCCCGCUCUUCUCCCUUGCCCCACCCCUCCCCCACACUCCGUUUCCUCAUCUUUCCCAUGCAAAUAAAAGUU